AUGUUUUUUAAAGAAAGAUCUACGUCCUUUUGGAGAUGUACGGAACUUGAAUGGUUAUUUCCAAAGCCAUGGUCACUUAAAACAAAUACAUACCGAGGAUUCCUUCAAACAUGUCAAAGACCGUCUUCUACACUUUGGUUGCAUCAAAAUAUUGGUAGUCCUGUUAAAGAGAGGGUCCGGGAAAUAACACGUGGAGCUUCUUUUGUAAAUACACGAUUUAAUCCAAGGAAAGCAGCAAUGACGUUGACACCGCGUGCAGUCAAGCGACUUAAAGAACUCCUGAAUCAACCACAACCAAAAAUGAUAAGAAUUGGCACAAAACAAAGAGGUUGUGCUGGUUUAUCAUAUUUACUUGAAUACGUAGAUAAACCAGGGAAAUUUGAUGAAACAGUAAUCCAAGACGGAGUGACUAUUCUUAUUGAUAAUCGUGCAUUAUUUACUAUUAUUGGUAGCAAAAUGGAUUGGAUCGAGGAUCGGCUUACUGCACGAUUUGUAUUUGAUAACCCUAAUGCAACAAGUACAUGUGGGUGUCAGCAAAGUUUUUCAGUCAACUAG